AUGGAACCAAACCGCAAUAGUUUUGGUUUCUUCAAUAAGAUUUUGACCACCAAGGAGCCUUUCCUUCGUCCUCAUAGCCAACCAGUGUGUGAUUGUUUUAUCAGUGAUGAGUUGCCUGAUUGGCCGUCAGAGAUUGAUUUCAAUGAUAGAAAACGUUUUCACCUGGUGAAGGAAUCAGAGUUGCGAGACAACGAUUGGAUUCGUCUGUAUUUGGAACUUGCUCUUGUUUUUCACAAUAGGAGACUUACAAAUCAUCAGUUGGAGAUUGUGCAAGUGGCGAUUGAAACUACUGAAGAUGUGGAGCCGCGUAACUCCGAAAAGACUGUAGUUGUCUACAUAAAAGACUUUGCCAAGGCUCAGAUUGGUGAGCCGUAUGAAGAUGUGUUUGGUUUUGUCUUCUUGGACCAUAUAGACAAUAACUAG